ACACGUUUAAUGUCAGUUAGCUAUGAAGCCGUCGGCGAAGAGAGCGUGAAACUACCUUUCAAUUAUUGUAUCAUGAUAAAGACUAUGUAUACUAUAUUUUGUAGUUAUUUGUGUAUAAAUACGAAUUUGCAUUCGAAAACAUAAAUUAGUUCAUUCGCCGCUGUUAAAUUGUGCAGUUCAUUAUGAGUUUAGCCGAUAAAGUUGUUAUUGUAACCGGCGCUAGUUCGGGUAUUGGUGCUGCGACUGCUGUGGAGUUUGCCAAAGUCGGUGCUAAAGUAGCAUUGGUAGGACGUAAUGAGGCAAAUCUAAAAGCCACUGAAGUAUCCUGCAAAGCAGCCAACAACAAAGCUGAGUUACUACCCAUCAUUGCUGACGUCACUGUGGAUGCGGAGCGCAUUAUAAAAACCACCGUUGAUAAGUUUGGCAAAUUGGACGUUUUAGUUAAUAAUGCUGGUUACGCUGAAGCCGGUAAUAUUCUGGAUAUUGACGUUGAUCAAUUCGAUCGUGUAAUGAAUACAAACUUACGUUCGGUUUUCCUUCUAACCAAACUUGCUGCGCCAUAUCUCAUCAAGACUCAAGGUAGUAUUGUGAAUGUCUCCAGUGUCGGCGGAAUACGUGCAGUCCCUGGUGUUUCGUCCUAUUGCACUGCCAAGGCCGGUCUUGAUCAGUUCACACAUUGUAUUGCUUUGGACUUGGCGCCGCAUAAAGUGCGUGUGAAUGUCGUAAAUCCUGGUACUAUCGUCACUAACUUCCAGAGACGUAUGGGCAUGACAGAGGAGCAGUAUGCUCAACAUUUGGAGCGUAGUAAGGAAACUCACGCGCUUGGUCGCGCUGGUGAGGCGAAGGAAGUGGCCGACGCCAUUCUUUUCUUGGCGAGUGACAGUGCAAGCUUUAUAACGGGUGCCAGUCUACCCAUUGAUGGUGGAAGACAUGUCAUGUGCCCGCGUUAAGAGGCAAAUUAAAUAUUUCAUUUGUGUGAAUUAUGUUCAUUUAUUUAUG